AUGCAAUCGUUGCACGCGCAGUCACUUCCACUUGUAGAGGAUGGAGUUGUUUGGAUUUCGAUCUCAGAACAAAUUGUUUGGGAGUCGAUCUUGCAGUCCUUCCUUCACGCGCAUGAGAAGCACGACACUUUCACCAUGUUGCAUUUGAAGGCCCUGGAGCAGACUGAGUACGCAGUCAACUUGGCUCGCAAUUUUUCUCAGUGCGCAGGUGCGGACACCGCUGUGCUCCGUGAGGCAUGGCAAAAUGCCCUGCGCGCGGAAGAACGAAGCAGUGAAGCCUUGUUGGAAGCGUGGUCUGCCACCAUCACAACAUCACACCGCCUCGAUGUGGCCGUGAAGGACGAGAGCUUCUUCGAGCGCGUUGCGCGCCACAUCGAUCUUGAUACGCGCUCGGCCAAGCGGCAGACUGCUCACCGGGGCCAUGUUGGCCACGCAGACUGUUCCAGCAAAAACCACACGGCUUUCGCCCAAGAAGUUUACGGCCAUGCGGUGCGAACAGUUGUUGCAGCCUUGCAACCAUUGGCCAUGCAGAUCAACAUCUUCAAGGCAGAACGGGCCCGGUGCACUGGUCAAGCUGAACUGGCCUAG